ACAGAACACAGUGCCACUGCCAUUCUACCGUAGGGUUUGCACUAUGAAGUAAUACUAACAAUACCAAGCCGGCGAGGCAAAAAAAGCCGGCUCAACGUGGUGGAAAACUUCCCCGUGCCCGGAAAUUGCCGAUCAUGCACGAUGGGGCAGAAUCAGGUUUUGUAUUUGUUUUUCCCUUCCCUGCUCUCUGCGGGCUGAAGCCUGACUGCGAUGCGCUGCAAGAGCCGCUGCCGAGUCCGAUCCCGACGCGGCGACGCCAUCCCGGCGCACUAACGCGCUUGUAUAAAAAUUUUCAAAACACCCGGGUUGAAUCUCUGUGCCACGAGGCCGCACGCCAGGGUAACAUCAGGGAAAGCACGCAGUGGACCGGCCGGAUGACGCAGUGGGGAGCAGGACGUAGCAGCAAGCAGACUGGUGCACCGCAUCCCACGGCCCAUGGGGCCACUGCUGGAGGCCUUCAUGGUUGGCCACUCCCCCUUCCAACGGCUCCAGCAGUCUCCAAAUUAUCUAAUGCCAUGCGCUGGUCUCGUAUCCGCCGGUUAUUUCUUCUGCUGCUUUUCCCUUUUGCUUUGGGGGAAAAGAUUUUUCUUCACGCCGUCACUCACCCUCACCCUGACCCUCUCACCAUCUCGGCCAGCACCAGCACCAGCACCGGUCUCACCAUCUGUCGCCGCUGGAUAGUCUAAAAGAAAAAUCUCAGUUCACGCGUCUGGCCAUAUCGAGCUUCUGCAAGUAAGCAAGUAAGGUAUAGGUAGUUUCUUGGCCCAUUCUCCCAUCUGCGAGCCCGAUUCGAAUCCAGCCUGUGCGACCACAGCCCUGGCGAC